GAUGAAAGCAUCCCAGCAGGCUUGCUCAACACCACCAAAACUUCAAACACAAAAAAAGCAGCAAGCAAUGGCAACCUCUGCAAUCCAACAAUCAGCGUUUGCUGGCCAGACUGCUUUGAAGCAGUCCAAUGAGCUCGUCCGAAAGAUCGGCGGCCUUGGCGGCGGCCGCUUCUCCAUGCGGCGCACCGUCAAAAGUGCCCCCCAGAGCAUAUGGUACGGCCCAGACCGCCCGAAGUACUUGGGACCAUUCUCAGAGCAAACUCCGUCAUACUUGACCGGCGAAUUCCCCGGAGACUACGGAUGGGACACUGCUGGACUAUCUGCAGACCCCGAGACAUUUGCCAAGAACCGUGAGCUUGAGGUGAUCCACUCCAGAUGGGCCAUGCUUGGUGCACUGGGAUGCGUCUUCCCAGAAAUCUUGUCAAGGAAUGGCGUCAAGUUCGGCGAGGCUGUCUGGUUCAAGGCUGGAUCGCAAAUCUUCUCUGAGGGCGGCCUUGACUACCUUGGCAACCCAAACCUUAUCCAUGCUCAGAGCAUCUUGGCAAUCUGGGCUGUCCAGGUCGUGCUCAUGGGAUUCAUCGAGGGAUACAGAGUUGGUGGAGGACCACUCGGUGAAGGACUAGACCCACUUUACCCAGGAGGGGCCUUUGACCCCCUUGGACUUGCUGAUGAUCCCGAAGCUUUUGCUGAACUGAAGGUGAAGGAACUUAAGAACGGGCGUCUGGCUAUGACCUCAAUGUUCGGAUUCUUUGUUCAGGCUAUUGUAACUGGAAAGGGCCCGGUGGAGAACCUCUUCGACCACAUCGCUGACCCAGUGGCCAACAACGCAUGGGCUUACGCCACCAACUUCGUCCCUGGAAAGUGAAGAAACCUCAAAUGAUGGCAGUUCAUCUGUAACAUUACCCGAACUUACUGCUUUUGUUGAGGUUCUCUUGUUGUGGACUCCAUUAGUUCUGAUGUAAUUUUACUAGAAACUGCUUGUACUGAAAUCGGUGUAUCCAGUAAAAAACUCCAAGCUCCUUCGUUUUA